CGCUUUCAUCUGGCCACGCAUUGGCGUGUCACGUGCUCAGUGCUGCUGCUCGGCGCAGGACGGGGACGCGGGUGCGGGGAUUGCGAGCACGCGCUGGUGGUGCUUGCUGGUGUUUUUGUUUUUUUGUUUGUUUUGGAUUUAUUUAUAUUCGAGCUGCUGAAUGGGACUGGGUGCACUUUGGAUUCGUGCAUGCGUGACUCCGGCGUGCGGGAUAGUCUCGCGCUCUCCCGGUGGAGUAAAUGGGAGACGCAGACGGUGCUUGUUUUGAUAGUGAUUACGGAACUCCGGACUGAAAAGAGACUUUUUUUUUCUCCCCCUUAUCAUUAUUUUUCUUCUUUCUCUUCUUCUGCUUCUUGCAAACAACUCUCCAGCACUUUCACACAGGUAUCAAGUUAAUCAUGGGUUAUUUAAACUUGUCUGAGAUUAAAAAAACACACCGUUUUGCUAAAGAAUGGACCUUAGUGAGGUCUUUUGAGUGCUUGUUUUGGCAUGAGCUGCUAAGCUAGCUUAGCCAUUGGAAGCAAAAAAAAAAAAAUAAAUAAAUAACUUUGCUGGAAGAGCAAACAGCACGAGCGCGGUGUUUUUUUUUUUUUUAAUUUUUGAAAAAAAAAUUUAAAAUAUUUUUUUCCCUUAAUGGAAAGAGAGUUUAAUUUCAUGACCCAUUUCCCAUUUUUUUUUUAUGAAUUUCUGAAAUUUAUGCAAUCCUAAAAAAAAAAAAAGGAAAAAUAUUUUUCUCCCUCUCAUAAAAUGGCAAGUCCAUCUACAGAGAAAGCUUGUUUUUCGGACGUGAGAAAGGUGGGUUAUUUAAGGAAACCCAAAAGCAUGCACAAAAGGUUUUUUGUUCUGCGAGCUGCAAGCGAUACUGGACCUUCCAGGUUGGAGUACUACGAGAAUGAGAAAAAAUGGAGACACAAGUCUGGGGCUCCAAAAAGGUCAAUCCCACUCGAGAGUUGCUUCAAUAUUAACAAAAGGGCGGAUUCCAAAAACAAAUACCUCGUCGCCCUUUACACCAAGGACGAAUACUUCGCCGUCGCAGCAGACAACGAGCUGGAGCAGGAUGCAUGGUAUCAAGCCCUAGUAGACCUUCACAACCGAGGGAAGGUCCACGAAAGUGCCAGGAGCAACGGCAUCGGAGAUGAUAAUUACGGAGAGACUACACCCGGGCCUGCCUUUAAAGAAGUAUGGCAAGUUAUACUGAAACCAAAGGGACUUGGACAGACCAAAAACUUAAUCGGAGUUUACAGACUGUGUCUCACGAAUAAGACUUUGGGUUUUGUGAAACUCAAUUCCGACGCUGCGGCGGUCGUUUUGCAGCUAAUGAACAUCCGAAGGUGUGGUCACUCUGAGAAUUUCUUUUUCAUCGAAGUCGGGAGGUCUGCGGUGACUGGGCCCGGGGAAUUUUGGAUGCAGGUUGACGACUCGGUCGUGGCUCAGAACAUGCACGAAACUAUCCUAGAGGCAAUGAAAGCCAUGAGUGAAGAGUUUCGACCCCGUAGCAAAAGCCAGUCUUCUUCCAACUGCUCCAAUCCCAUUUCCGUGCCAGUGAGGACAAGGCAUCAUCACAACAACCCUCCUCCGAGUCAGGUCGGGUUGGGAAGGCGCAUCAGGGCUGAAAGCGUGACGGCUACGUCUCCAGCCGGCCCAGGCAGACACAGCCAUUCGUUCAGAGUAAGAGCAUCCAGCGACGGAGAAGGAACUAUGUCUAGGCCAGCGUCUGUAGAUGGGAGCCCCAGUAGUCAAAGAUCCUCUAGGCCACAGUCCCAAAGACACAGGGGCAGAUCCAGACUGCAUCCACCGCUAAACCAUAGCAGGUCCAUCCCCACACCAUCAUCACGAUGCUCCCCAUCAGCUAUCAGCCCUGUAAGUCUGUCCUCCAGCAGCACUAGUGGACACGGGUCCACUUCCGAUUGUCUUUUCCCCCGACGCUCCAGUGCCUCUAUAUCAGGGUCGCCCAGUGAUGGAGGCUUCAUCUCCUCAGAUGAAUACGGAUCCAGUCCGUGCGAUUUCCGAAGUUCCUUCCGCAGCGUGACCCCUGACUCACUUGGACAUACCCCUCCUGCCAAGGAGGAGGAAUUGAAUAACUACAUAUGCAUGACCAAGUCUGGUUCACUAACUAGCACUGGGAGCCAGUCCAGAGGAACGCUGGACGAGCCAGACUUGGAGAAAUGUUUCAGGAAAAGGACUCAUUCUUCUGGCACCCUGUCACCCCCAUCUACAUGCCACCAAAAAACACCUUCACAGUCAUCUGCUGUGUCUCUGGAUGAAUACACAGUCAUGACACCAGCAUAUAAUCGCAGCCGAUCUGUAUCAUCAUCAUCAUCACCAUCAAUAUAUCGGAACUUGUCCACAAAUUCGUAUCCUGAAGAAUGCUUGGAUAUGCCAACCCCGGAAGGUGGCAGUGAGUCCAGUCACAAGGACGACGGCUACAUGCCAAUGUCACCAGGUGUAGCGCCUGCCGUGGUAACGGGAAACAGCGGAGACUACAUGCCUAUGAGUCCAAAAAGUGUUUCGGCCCCACAGCAGAUUAUCAAUCCACGGCAGCACUCGCGAGUGGACUCCAAUGGCUACAUGAUGAUGUCACCGAGUGGUAGCUGUUCACCAGAUGUUUCUACAAACUACAGAAAGAUCUGGACCAAUGGCAUGAACCCCACGCUGUCCGUUGAGAGCACAGAGGGGAAAGUGUCCUCAUGUGGAGACUAUAUAAACAUGUCUCCUGCUAGCGGCUCAACCACCGGCACCCCACCGGACUGCUACUUCAACCCCGUAGACGAGCCGUCCAGGCCAGCGUACGCCUACUACUCUCUACCCCGUUCCUUCAAACACGCCAACGGGAAGCAGGACCAGAGUCCCUUGCGGAUGUCACUUGGCAGCGGUCGCUUGGUUUGCGCUGAUUCUUCCUCAUCCUCGGCGAGCAGUGACAGUUUGGGUGGUCAGAGUAGUUCACAACAACCUUCUGUCAGGCCCAAAAGGUCAGAGGUCAACUCUAGGCUGGCACGUCCAACAAGGCUAUCAUUGGAUGCUAACAGAGCUAGCACUCUUCCACGAAUGCGUGAAAGCCCUUUCCCGGGUGAGCCCAAAAGUCCGGGAGAGUAUGUCAACAUUGAGUUUAAUGACAAAGCAUUUUCAACGAGCUUAGCAUCACUGUUUUCACCCGUGUUCGCUGGUAGUGGAGCCGAUGUCCAAUCAGAUCCGACUUCUUCAGACUACAUGAACAUGCAGCUAGGUUCACAGAGCUUGCUCUCACAAUCUAGAAAAUCAACGUCUAAUUCCCCAGACUAUGCCAUUGUUAGUCCCGCAGAAAACCUGGCCUCCUCGCCUCACCUGCCUUGUGAAAGUAUUCGUGAGCGUGACUACAUGAGCAUGCAGCUGGGCUCUUACUCUACCGCCUAUCCUGAUUCCCAGAGAAUGCUUAUAAACACUUCGUUACAAGACCCGGAAGUCUUGCUCUGCUCCGAGUCACACAGUGAUGACAUCUCAACAUUAGGUGCAGCCCCAGGGAGGUCUGUGCUUAUUGGUCCUUUGACAGAUCUCAGUGCCUUCUCCCGGGUAAACCCGACUCCUGCGAGAAACCAGGGUGCCAAAGUGAUCCGGGUGGACCCGCAAGGCAGGAGACGGCACAGCUCGGAAACGUUUGCCUCCACAACAACCAAAGGGGCCGUAAGCACAGCCACGGGCUUUCAGUCAGAAGACGUCAAACGCCACAGCUCUGCUUCAUUUGAGAGUGUUUGGCUAAAGCCUGUUGAGGCUUCCAAUGCUGCUGCUCCUCCUGCUGCUGGCACGGCAUCCAGCAUUGACCCUCAGAACCAAAAUGGCCUGAACUACAUCGAUCUGGAUCUGGCUCAGAACCGAGAGCCGCUUGUUCAGGAUUGGAGCUCGAGCUUCCAGACCCGGCAGGUGGACCUCGGGGCGGCAGGGGCGGUGGAGGAACCGAGCGCUUAUGCCAGUAUAAACUUUCAGAAAGCAGAUGACGCCAGAGGAAACCUCACUUCUAGAGAAGGUGCGUACUACGCUGCAGCUGGUUGCCCUUGGCGCCAGUCUCCAUGGUUACACCGUCGCCGCAGCGCUCGCUUUUUUUCAUGUCACAGCAUAUUAAGGGGCCGCAAAAGCGAGUCGCUGGGAGCAACUUGGGGCCGCACACCGAUUGGCCGGCGGAGGGGUUGGGUGGGGUGACCGAGUUCUCCAGUGGGCCGGGUCAGGAUGAGACGACUUUAGGCUCCGCCCACUCCAGUCCAUCCUAACGGGCGAAAGGAAAGAAGAGUCAGCGUGGUAAACAAAAAUGAAAAGCAGAUACAUCUCACGACCCAUCAAGCGUUCUCUCUCUCUCUCUCUCUCUCUCUCUCUCUCUCUCUCUCUCUCUCUCUCUCUCUCUCUGCCUGUAAUAAACCAAAUGUUGGAAUUCACUGAUACUCCAUCAACCUGAUCAAGCCGGACCUCAGCUUCUUCUCACCUAUAACCGGGACCUCACGCUGCACACUCGGACCUUCCAGAAUGCUGGCCUUCACAGAUCUGCAGUUCUCAUGAAUCCUGGAGUCCUCAGGGCCUGGGGUCACAUGAUUUAACCUCAGAGUGACAGUACUGAUCAAGAAUCAGCUCGCUGCCUUUUCAUUGCUUAACAAGUAAGGAAUUAAACACGACGGAGUGGUGUGAUUAUUUGAAGUGUUUUAUUCCUCUUCUACCACAGAAACUUGUCAGCGAUUACAAAUUGUAAUUUAUUAAUGAACUCGUCGUACUUUAUAUCCAUUAAUAGUAAUGUAGAAAGUCUGCAAGACUGGUACAUUACCAGUUACAUUAUAGUAGCUAUAAACGUACUUUCCCUCAGCAGUCCCUCUCUCUUCACUUUUACUGAAGAACCAUAAGGUACAAAGUCAUUGGUCCGCAACACUCUCGCGCUGACGUAAGCGGAAAACGUACUGACCGCAAACAAAGUGCUGGAACUGGAGACUCCUUCCCAGAAAAUGUUAAACAUCACCAUACAGAAAGCUUCACCAUAUCAAACGUUAAAUAACAGCACGUUUUCUUUAAUCCGUUUAUUGUUAGCCUUUUACUAAGUGGAGUGACAUUAGUCAACACCAGUCAGAUAAGAGAGUUCGACAGCGCUGUGGUUGUACGCGUACGUUUGAGUUGAUCUUAGAUCAGUACGUUGCUUGAGAUUUUACUCGUCUGGCUUCACUCUUCAGACCUCCUCACUCUCUAGUUCUUCUGCAGCACAGCUCGACAUUGAUGCAGUGUUAGCGAUGUGGUACAAACCUUUAGUAAACAGCAGUACAGGAUAUUUGCUCCAGCGGUGCUUUUACUUCUUAAUGCCUGUAGUAAUAUUUAAUAGUAUUUAUGUCAGUGAUGGUACAGGUGUUAGAUAAUACAGGUACAGAGAUGUGAUCUUCUAAUUGUGUGUUCAUCUUCUAAUAAUACAGUGCUCAUGUUUCAUGGUAUCCAGUUUCUCCCAAAUGGUACUGCAGUUGUGUUUUUAUACCAGAUCUGGCAAAGUUCGAAUACCAAAUACAUACAUCACGGGUGGACAAAUCAUAAAUUCAUUAGCCAGCGCACCAGGCAAGUAAAAGCUCCAGUGUGCUGCUCAGUUCCAUGUGAACCUAAAGAACUAGGAUAAGUGGUAGCUAAGCUAGUAUAAUAACGUAUGGCGAGCUAGGUAGCUAGUUAAGUGCAUUAAUACAGACAAAUGUGUAUAUCAAUAUAACAAAUUUAUGCAUAAAUCGUUCACAGGAGCAUUUACACAAGAAAUUCAAGAAAAACGUUCGUAUCUUUCCUCAAGUUUGCGUAUAAGGAGAUUAAAUAAUAUGAAUCUCAAUUGAUCACCAUCAAAAUCAUAUACUUUCUGCAAUUUUAUAUGGAUUGUCAGGUUUAAGUUGCUUGUUUAUUUCCAUUACACACAUUUAAUGAAUAUUUUGUGAAACUCUGUCAUUUCAUAUUAAUGACCUCAUACAAAGCAAUCCAAAACAAGUCCAGAAAUUAAAACAAGACAAGCCAAUUAAUCAGGACAAAAGUAAUAGAACCCAAUAAAAACAGGAAGAGUUCAUGUGUGCCUCUAUAGUAGCUGCAGUGGCUGAGCUGCAUUACUGGAACGAGCUCUUUCACUGUUUAGUUGUCAUUUUACCGUUUUCAGAUUUUUGCCUUUUAUGGAGUAUUGUGGGCGUCACUAAACGUAAAUCAACUGUGCCAUGAACACGCUUGGUUCUUUACAGGUUUUUGGCAUCGAUCAACAUAUAUACAAGAGUUAGAAGAAAAUCGGCAAAACUUAAAAUUGGGUGGGAAUUUUUUAGUUAAUUGUUAGCCGACGAAAACAUUUACACAUUUACUGAAAUUUACUAAAAAUUGAUAAAUGAGGCCUAAAGUUUCAGCUAGGAGUCUUAGUGCUCUGUCCUCGCAUUACACAUAAAUUAUUUUAUUUGAGUCUCACUAGCGUCUUUAUUUUCAAAAUGUGCAACUGCAUGGUGGCUUGUAUGAUGGCUUUGUCUGUCAUCCGUGCAUGCUAAAUAAUCCACAGUAAAAACAUUAUAUCGUCUCGGCUAAAGCGUGUAGCACACCAGGUGGUGAGUAGAGUAGAGUAGAAUGAUUAGAGUCCGCUAUAGUUACAUCAUCAUGAAGCGCAUCAUACAGUAUUUAAACAUAUCAAAUGAAAAGGUUUUCUUUUUUUUUUCUUUUUUCUGGUUGUUGAACCUAUUUGCCUGGUAACUACAUAAAAAAAAAAACUCGGACAUUGUCCUGGUCUACUGAUUUGUCCACCCUUGACACACUGUGACGCAAUGAACCAUACACAAUGCCAACACACAUUCACACUGUGACCCACUUUACGUCUACUUUCCUUUCCAAGGGUUGUUUUAUUUCCAAAGUGUCGUUAUUCCUCGCUCUUUACGCUUUCAGACUACUCUGAGGAGCCGCUGUUUAAGGUACUAUAUCUGAUACAGUAGAUACUCUUCAGGUCAAAAUGAUUUCACAUUUAUACUUUCAGGACCCUAGGCAACCACAACUACCUACACGAUCGCUGCUAUAUGACACAAGGGCAUGAUGGCGUAAUCCAAAAAGCCAUGUGCAAUUUUCCUUCAUAUAAGCGCACAAAAAUGGUUGGAUAAGGUCAAUCAUAUCACUCGUCUCGUACCUUUUCCACAGCUCGGCUGUAGUGUUCGAGGUUUACACUUCCGGGCGAAGGUGUAGUGUGUUAGGUGGCCUGUAAUUAUACUCUGCGCCACAACUGAACUCGUUUCGGUGGCGUUCAUUUGGUCACGCCGGUCUGUCCAUUCUUGCACGCUUAAAAAAUGCAAUCGGUACGAAACGCAUUUCAAGGUUCGCAAGAUAGCACUGCAUUCAACAGAAUCGGGUUAUCUGUGUGUACGUGUAGAUCGCUUUAUGGUUUUGAAAUCUGUUUUGCAUCCCCUGAAACACGUUCCUGUCCACUGGAAUCCUAGAGAACCCCCCUGUCCUGUACAUUUUAGCAUUUUCCCUGGUCUAACACCCCCACUUCAAAACAGGCAGUGUUUCAUAAGCAGGAAAAACACUAAAAUGUGCAGUAACACCAGGACUCCAAGGGUUAGGAACCUGUGUCCUACAACCACUGCAGUGAACAUGACGCCCGAAAUGGGGCAUAAAGUUUGUCACAUGAUUGCUUUGUGGAUAAAGGUGACCUAAUGGUCAUCGCUAGCAUGGGAGUGUUUGUUCACUGUUAUAUUUUAUUUGUAAAAUUGUAAUUUUUUUUUUGGGAAUACAUUUCUCAAUCAAGUCCAUUCAGAAACUUGCAAACGAACAAAUGGUACUUUUGAUACUUUUUAAUUUAUACGCAGGCUAUCUAGCAGUUUAUACCCGAGCAUUGUUGACUGAACCUGCAGUAGAAGUGUUGCAAUACCAGUCUGCGAUUUACAGUGCGUUGCUGUUAAACCUUGGAAGCCAGUACAUUUGUUUGCAACUUUUUUUUUUUUUUUUUUUUUAAAGAUCUUAUUUAUUUUAUUUUUUUUAUUUCAUUUUAUUUUUGCAUAAAAAUCUUUCCUGUGACAUGCUCUCCGUGUCAUGUCUGCAAGAAUUAAGAGAAAACUGAUCAAAAAAAAAAAAAAAAAAGGUCUCAAAGUGUCACACUUGCUGCUGAUCGGACAAAAAUACAUCGAGAACAAUCUGUAAAUUAUUGAAUAUAAAUGUGCCACUUGUAAUUUGUGUAUUUUGUGUAUUUAACAUUUCUUUUUUUGUUUUUUUUGCCUUGUGCCUUGAUAUUCAGUUGACAUGGGAUUUGGAAAUGUCUUCUGAUCUUAAGUGUCUGUUUAAAGCUGCAAACUCUUGUAUAAUCUGUUCAUUUUUGGGGGGAAAGGGUUCAAUUUUUGGAGAAAAACAAAAAACAAAAAUGGUACUUACCUAACAAGUGCAGAUAUAACCUGCUCUGGGAACUUUGAUGUCUCUUCAGAACCUGAGUGAACGCUCAAAUUGCCAAGUUGUACAUGGCCAAUCUACACCCUAACCUGUAUAUAUUGUAUUGUGAAAAAUAAAUAAAAAUAAUAAUUAGUAACACACAUUUGAUGAGUGGACCAUUGAAAGAGUGCAUGGUCUAACAAAUACUUUUUUUGCUGUUCUCCUGAAGGAAUGUGUGAAUGAACGAAUGGCUGGAACAUUAUAGAAAUGGACAUGUGCAAACGCACACCAGCGUUAAAGCGAGGCCUGUGUAUACCCUCCCUAACCUCGCUUCCCUUUUAUUUAGGAGAAUGGAAGCUUUUUCAAAAUCUCAUGUAAUAAAGUAGAAAAUUGUCUCUUCA